AAGUCAACAAAUAAAUAUUUGCACAAUUAUUCCAAAUAAUCCACUGUCCAAACGCACUCAAGGAAUUCUACUUCCUAAAGAUGGGGCUGAUUAAAAUCAGUAAUUAAGGUAUGCUUGAGAGGGUACUAAUCUGUGAGAGCUAUUAGGUAUUAUUAUUCCAAACUGGCUAUUCGGGCCAGCGGCAUGGAGUUCGUAGACCACUAUCUUGUAUUAGGGCUUCCGACCGGAGAAGCCGGAACUAGGUUGUCGGAGAAAGAGAUCAAGAAGGCGUACAAGUCCAAGGCCUUGCUUCUCCAUCCCGACAAACGACCCGAUGAUGAUCCGGCGGCCGCGCGUUCAGAUUUUCAGAAACUCAAGGAAUGUUACUUGGUUCUCAAGGAUGUCGAGGCUCGGCGCCAGUUCGACACUCUCCUGUUGAGCCGCUGCUGCCGGAGGCGGCCACGAUCGGAGAAUGUGAAGAACGAUCCCAAGCGCCAGAAGAUGAUGGCUGAUUUGCAGGUCCGAGAGCGCCAUUGUUCUGAUGAGGAACUUUUUCGGAGGGCGGAGGAGAGUAGGAUUGCUGAGAAACUGAAGGGUGAGAUUGCGAAAAUUCGUGAGAUGAUGGCGGCCACUAAAAAACCUCCUUUGGAUAGGGCUAGGGUACUGAGAGUGUCUUGGGAGAAUAGCUGUAACCCUAAUUCUUAUGGUGCUUACACGGCGGAUAGGUUGCGGAUGUUGUUUGAGAAAUUUGGGGAAGUUGAGGAGGUUUUGGUCAGCAAGAAGAAGAAGAAUGGGAAUGGGGGUUGUUCAGCUCUAGUAGUGAUGGCGUACAAGGAUUCAGCUGUUGCUGCCUGUUGGAGUGUGCUCGGUGAUGUGUCAAAUCCUUUGUUGGUUCAGCCACUGGAUUCCUCCCCUCCUCCUCCACCUCCACAACCAGAACCUGCCGAUCAUAGCAAAUUUGAAGAAUUGGUCCUUGCUAAGCUGAAACAGGCUGCUAACAGGCAAAUGAGCUAGGUGGUUGUUUGACCGCAUGAGUGUGCCAUCGGAGCAAAAUUGGAGUUUGCUAUGGAAGAAAUGCUGAUGAUGUUCCCACACCAGAUAAAGCUGUACAAUUGAUUUCAUUUAGUAUGUGAGGAUUUAUGACUCUAACAUCCAAGUUCUGAAGGCCUUUGCAAAUAUUGGAAUUGAGCUGGUGAUUGGUAUUCCAAAUUCAGACUUGUCAUCUUCCAUAUUAUCCAGCCACAAAGAUCACACACAUAACAGUUGGUGCUGAAGUCACUAAGGUUCCCAAUAAUGUCUCUGCGAUGGAAGUACCUGCUAUGCAGAAUGUUUUAACUGCUCUGAGAGAGGCUGGUCUUCACAAGAAAAUCAAAGUUUCCACUACUCAUUCUUUGGGUGUUUUGUCCCAGUCAUAUCCACCUUCAGCAGGGGCUUUCAAUGGUAGCUAUGCAAUCUUUCUUUGACCCUUGCUGGAAUUUCUUGCUGAGAAUCAGUCACCUUUCAUGGUUGAUACAUACCCUUGCUAUGCCUACAGGGAUUCAUUCCUCUAGCAACGUUUCCCUGGACUAUGCUCUAUUUGAGCCAUCGUCUGAAGUAAUCGACCCAAAUACUGGUUUGGUUUACACAAAUAUGUUUGAUGCCCAAAGAUUGAUGCUAUUUACUUCGCUUUGAUGGCUUUCAAUUUCAGAACCAUUAAAAUGAUGGUGACCGAGA